GUUUUGUUUACGUGUUCCGUGAUUUCGCGCGCGUUUAAAAAAUAUAUUAAAAUUCAUUUAAUUUAAAAAUUAUCAGUAAUAAGGAAAAUGUCUUGGAAUAAAAUUCUAUGCAAUUAUAAAGAAUUGCAAUUGUUUGGAACGCUGAACGGUGGCCAAAGUUUUAGAUGGAAGCAUGACAAGGAUAAUGAUGAAUGGCUGGGUGUCUUUUCUAAAACAGUUUGGAGGUUAAAACAAAAUGGUGAUAGUUUACAGUAUCAAGUGAUUGGUUCACUGCAUAAAAAAACUGACACAAACUGUAGUAAUUUAAAAGAGGAUUUAAUUUAUGAAAAACUGCUUAAAGACUAUUUUCGUUUGGACUUGAAUUUAGGGGAACACUACAAAGAAUGGUCUGAAAAAGAUAAACUUUUUGAAACAGCUUGCCAACAGUUUUAUGGCAUACGAAUGCUUCAUCAAGAGCCUGUAGAAAAUUUGUUUUCAUUUAUAUGCAGUCAAAACAAUCAUAUAUCAAGGAUCUCAACCAUGGUAGAAAAAUUAUGUACACAUUACGGUGAUGAAAUAUGUACAGUUGAUGGUGUAACUUAUUAUUCAUUUCCACAAAUUGAGAAUUUGGCUGAUAAUAAGGUGGAGUCGAAAUUGAGAGAGCUAGGAUUUGGUUACAGAGCUAAGUUUAUACAAAAGUCGGCAGCCCAAAUUGUGGAUUGGGGAGGAGAUAAGUGGUUCAAGAGUUUGCAGGACAUGAAAUACAAAGAUGCAAAGCAAGAGCUGAUGAAGUUACAUGGCAUUGGGCCCAAGGUGGCAGACUGCAUUUGUCUCAUGUCGUUAAACCACCUACAAGCACUCCCUGUAGACACGCAUGUAUAUCAGAUUGCUGCUCAAAACUACCUGCCUCAUUUGAGGGGGAAGAAGAAUGUCACCGACAAAAUGUACACAGAAAUUGGAGAUCACUUCAGAAAACUUUAUGGAGAGAUGGCUGGCUGGGCACACACUGUAUUGUUUUGUGCAGAUUUAAAGAAAUUGAAAAACAAAGAUGAUAAUUUACUAACAGAAGGUGAAUCUCAAAAGAAGAAAAGGAGAAAAUAAAAACUGUGAUAACUGUUACCUACCAUCUAAAGGUUUUCAAAACCAUGUGAUGCUUUUAAGGUCAAAUAAUUUUAUGCUUUAUUUCAAUAUGCUUUACAAUAAUAUUUUAUAUUUCUUGAUUUUUAAGCAUUUAACUGCUUCAUGUUAAAAUCUAAACAAAAUUUUACUUAAAAAAAAUGCAUUCGACCGGAUAGAGAAGGGUGUGGAUUUGAGUCUUAGUAAAUUUUUCUUUAAAUUUAAAUAAUAUUUUUACUUGUAAAAUGAAGGGGCUUCAUUUUGUACCUCAAU